AGAAAAACGUGUUCAAAUGGACACGCUCACUUGUCUGCAAGACAUUAUUAGCCGAGACACGUCUACUCUCAAGAGGAAGAUUCAUUAAGAGAAAUUCAGCAAAGGCUGUGGAAGCUUCAGAUGGCAGAGUUUGACAGCGAGCUCUUCUCUGAACAGGAGCUAACUUGUUCCAUCUGCCUGGAUCUCUUCAAUGAGCCUGUCUCCACGCCAUGUGGCCACAACUUCUGUCAGAGCUGUAUUGGUGGCUACUGGGCUUCCAGCUCACUUUGCACAUGUCCGAUGUGCAAGCGGCCAUUUGAAGAACGACCUGAACUGAGCAUAAACCGUGUGUUUGCCCACAUCGCCCAAAAAUACAAAGAAAUGCGCUACGGUGGUCCUCAAGUGAAGCAACGGCACAAAGCAGUUAUUAGCGGAGCUUUACCUGCUAAUGUCAAGCAGCUGAUUUUAUGUGAUCUCUGCAGUGGCAAGAAAGAGAAAGCUGUAAGUUCUUGUCUUACUUGCACUGCGUCAUACUGUGAGAUUCAUGUACUGCCACAUCGACAGGCAUCAUUCUACGCGUCUCAUCGGCUACUAGAUCCGCAGGAAGCCCUGCGAGGUCGCACUUGCCAGGAACAUGGCCGGCUGUUGGAGGUUUAUUGUCGUUCAGAUCAGAAGUGUAUUUGUGCGAUCUGUGUGCUAGAGGAGCAUCGCACACACUCUACGGUCUCAGUGCAGACGGAGCGUGCUUCCAAACAGAUAUUUCUGGGAAAAACAGAACUGGACAUUCAGACCAGUAUCGACAGAAGAAGCCUGCAGCUGACUGAGUUGAAGAACAAAAUACACACACUGCAGAGUCAGACUAUGGCAGAGCUGUCCGAGGUGGAGCAAGUCCUGUCUGAUGUCACAAACUCUGUGGAUCGGAUCCGCAGUGAGGUGGUGGGCGGGAUUAAGAAGAAGCAAGAGGCUGUGAUUGGUCGAGGACAGAGGAUUGUCUCCCAGCUUGAGUCAAAGUUAACACAGCUGCAGGAGCGCAGAGUCCGACUGGAAGAACAGGCUGUUUCAGAUGACCACAUCACCUUCCUUCAGAGUUUUGAAGAGCUCAACAGUCCACUGCAGGAUAUGGAGACGCAGGAGGAGGUGGAGGUGAACCUGACACUGCAAUUCUCUCUUGGGGAGGUGAAAACAGCUUUAGGAGACAUCCGUGAAAGGCUGGAUGACAUACGACUAGGGGAAGUGCAUUACAGGCACUCAGUGUCGACAUUAGCAGAGAGUGAGAGUAUGUUGAGUGUUCGCACUAUGAGAAGAAAGGAGUGGUCACUGAAAGAUCUACGGAAGUUAAAAAUAGGCCACAAAAAGGUUAAAGGCUAUCUUGAGAACAUAACGCUGAAUCCAGUCACAGCUUACCCCUUCCUCAUCCUCUCAGAUGACCGGAAACAACUGAAACGGGGCGACAAACUGCAGUUCUAUAGGAACAGCACCCAACGCUUUGACGUGUGGUCCUGUGUGCUUGCAAAAGAGGCCUUUGAAUCUGGAAGACACUACUGGGAGGUUAAACAUUUAGACACAUAAUUACAGAGUACAAGCGCUACAAAGGCCAAAACACUGACUACAUUUACAUGGACACCAGAAAGCGGGUUAUUGCAAGAAAGCGGGUUAUUGCGAUAAAGUGGUAAUGGCUUGAUCAAAAACAGAAGACAAUGUUUAUGUUUACAUGUACACCAAUACUCUUAUUAUUGCAAUAUUCAGAGUAUAAGGAAUAAUUAGAUUAAGAUGUUGACAUGAUUUGGGCCAACCAAUUCAAUCCCGUUUACAUGCUACUUGCUAAUAAUCUUAUGAUUAUUGCUGAGAAAUGUGAUGUUUUAAUGCUUUAUAUAAAUUAAUAUUUAUUGCAAAAAACAUCUUGUUACAAAUAUGUCUC